AUGGAGUCCGGUUUCCCGCCAAACAGGGCCCAUGAGAUUGUCCACAAAAUAUCUCAGCUUCUCGAGAAACGCAACGAAACAAUUGCGGUAAGUGAAGCCGCAUGCGGAGGUCUAAUGUCGAGUUACCUGGUGUCGGUGCCGGGCGCAUCCUCGUGGUUCCAUGGAGGAACCACGGUAUACAGUCUUAAAAGUAGACUCAAACUAAGCGGAUGGAGCGAAGAAGAUAUUCAGAACUACACGGGUCCUAGUGUGGAAGUCGCAUUAAGAUUGGCGAGAAAUCUCAAAUUUGAACUGGGCGCAACUUACACGUUAUCGGAAACGGGCUUCGCUUCGGAUUCCUCACGGUUUGUACCGAAAAGCAAAACGCAAUCUGUUGGCACUGUUUAUUUGGGUUUGUCGGGACCCUCGAGAGACCUCUCCGAAGUGUUCAAUAGCGGCAGCACCAACAGAUGCCACAAUAUGCAAGAGUUUGCCAUCCACGGCUUAGAAUUCCUACUGAAAGAGAUAGAGCACGUAGACCGAGCUUCACAGCCCUCCAGCAGCGAAGAAGAAUUCGAACCCGAACUCGUCUCGAAAAAACAGAAGCUGCCUAAAAAAUGA